AUGAAGCUAAAUGACCUAACUGUCACUCUGAAAGACGUCCGCCAUAUCCUGGAGCGGAUUCCAACCUUGUGUCAGAGGCGCUUCUGCAUGAUCAGGGAUUUAUUUCACAAGAGAUCAACACCUCCAUUCCACUACGUCUUGGAGGAUCCAUCGAACCAGCGAUUCUUUGCCGUUCGAAACUCAAGCGAUGUUUACACAUUCACCGCUGAUGAACCAUUUGAGGUCUCUAGUCAGGCCUUCGUUAUAAUAGCAACUCCUGCUAAUUCACGAUUGACCUCUGAUGAACCCAUUCCGAUAGCUGGCGAACAGCAGCUAGUCGCUUAUUUCAGCUCUAAUGCAAAGAGCAACAUUAAGGCUAAGCCAUCUAGUGGAGAUGAGCAUGUUUCAAAAGCCUCGAUCGAUAUCAAAUCUGCUUUCCCUACGACUCUUUGGGAAUGGCAUGUCACGCUUGCACAUCUCAAUUACCGAGAUGUACUCUACCUUGCCAACCGUCCAGGCAGUGGAGUGAAAAUCACAGGCGACAAGGCCCAACCGCCUUGCCAGGUAUGCCUCCAAGCGAACAUAACCCGACGAUACAGUCGUCGGCAGGCCUCGAGAGCCACACGGCCAUUGAUGCGCAUCCACGUUGACAUCGUGGGUGGCGGGGACGUUUUCUCUGAUGAUGAUGACGCUUCUCAAGCGGCAAAUCUGCAGUCCCGGCAUGGCUAUAAAUAUUUUCUCCUGAUCACGGACGAUGCGACGCGAUUCCGAUGGAUUUACAGUCUGAUCUCUCGAGACCGACGCGAAAUUGCUGCACGUCUGCGGUAUUGGCGUCAGCACAUCAACAAUCUCGGAUUCAAAACACCUGCUUUUCUGCGAUCUGACAACGAAUUCGGAUCCGGAGAAUUACAAUCAAUGAUGACAGAGUGGGGAUGCCAGUGGGAGCCAUCGAACCCUUAUUCUGCGUGGCAGAAUGGUACCGCAGAACGGGCCAAUCGAGUGGUAUUAGAGAAGGCGCGCGCGAUGUGGAUAGCAUCAGGUCUCCCAAUGACCUUCUGGUUUCACGCGCUAGUCGCUGCAGUUUUCCUUGCCAAUAUAUCCCCGACGAGCACUCCUCUCUAA